AUACGCGAUCCAUGGCCUCUCCGCAGCACAUUUUGUAUGGUGAGCAUACGCGUUCGGCUAUCGGGAACGAAGCCUACGGUCCACGGCGUCCAAGAGAUAGUCAGGACAUGUUGACGUCAAAUAAGCAGGCCAGACUCCUUGACUCGGGACAAGGAGCUCUUGAGUCGAAGGCCGGUGGUGCAGUGAGAGUAGAAGAAGCCACUGGACCAGAACUCCUCGAUGAAGCAAGCAUACCGGAAGUGAGGGUCGCUCCUAGUAACACCGAACCGGACGCGCAGAGCUGGAAGCCUAUAAGCCCUCAUGCGGAAAGCCCUUCAGUCCCUAGCGGGGAUUGCGUGGGCACAAAUAGUGAAACGCCAACACUUUCUCAACAGUCGAACUUGGAGCAGAUGAAAAUGAGAGAUAUCUCAGAGAUGCCGGCGAGACCUGAGGCAGGUCCCCUGCAACGGGAGAUCGCACAAGAGAAGACUGUAUGUCCGUCGUCUAGUGUGUGCGCAGAUGGAGUUUCUCGCGGUCCGGCCUCGUUGCCUGAGAGCCUCAUGAGAGCACCUGGUGGCCCAGUAGACUCCUCUAAGCCUUCGGUUGUGAGCAAGUCGACGAAUGAUAAUCGAACUGUCGAGGAGGGCGUCUCGCAUAUCGUCAGCGAGGAUGAAGAACCCGUGGCGGGGAACAAAAGAGGGCCUGGUGGCCGUUGGGUCAGGAUCCAUAUUUUUCAAAAUGAAAACGAAGCUGAUGAGUGGCUCGGAAAGCUGCAGAAAGAACAAAUCCAUUCAACUCUUAGGACAAAUCGAACAACUAGUGGUACGAAAAAGUACAUGUACUGCAGUGCCUGCGGCCAUCCAAGUCGCAACCGUCGGAUAGCAAAGGACCAGGACGCAGGAGAGGCACCUAUUGUGCCUGAGAUGAUCAUGGUGCACUAUUUGGCGAUGAGUUCAGUCGUGCAUGUUUACUCCAAUGAGCAACCACAUCGGCAUCAUCAUCAUCCUCCUCCCAAAGAAGGACGAUCAUUGGGCAUGGAACCGCGAAUGAAGGAGCUAGUGGAUGAACAGCUGGCUCUAGGAGUGUACUGCAUACCGGUGAUACAAAGAGCAUUGCGGGAUAUCACGGGAAUACAAAGUGAAGCGGAGCUUCCAGGAUAUAGACAAAUUGAGUCCUAUGUACGUGUUUACAAACUCGCGGAGAGGGCCGGCAACGUUCCAUCGAUUCAAUAA